GGUACUCGGGCCCCCUCAAAGAAGUCCCCCACGAGAAGUUCAACGUCACCGCCAUCCCCAAGGGCUACCGAUCUCCAUGGCAGGAGCUCCUCGGUGACAAGGACAAUGCUGUGCAUGGAGAGAACCAGCUGCCCAUGAGACCCUCUCUAUGGGACUUCAGGAGCUUCAACAGGACUCCCACCCCAUUUGACAGAGCACUGGUCAGCGAGCUGUUCUCUGUGCCUGCCGUGGAGCUGGAUCAUCUCAGCGCUCUUGAGGUGAUUUCCCACAGACGCAACUUCAACAGAGCACCGCAAGGCUGGGUGCGGAUUCUACCAGAGAGCGAAGAGCUGUAG